GCGCGAAAACCGGGAAAACAGUAAUGGCGGUAAUGGCGAAAUGUGACAGACUGAAAAAGUCAUGUUCCCCAAUUUUAACUGAUAUUAUUUAGUAUACUUAGUGUAAUUGAAAGUGUGAAAUUUUAUUUCUCUGUAUAAAAUCGUUUUCUCAAAAUGUCUGUCAAUACUGGACGAUAUCGUGCGGAUAGAAGUGACAAUGCAUGGAGGAGGAAAAAUGGUCCAGGAGAAAAUGUCCCCAGAGAAAAUACUGCAGAGGCAAGACUGAACCAAGUAAACGAAAAUAUUAAAAUUGAUGCCUUAUAUGGGUUCCACAGAGUAACGGACGUUAAAGAAAGAAUAGGAUUUUUAUUAAAUAUGCACGCGACGGACAUUGUUGAAGAUGAUAAACAACUUGUUAGUGGCGUUGAUUAUUAUUUUAUUGAAGAAGACUUUACUCGUUUUAAAGUUUCCCUACCUUAUCACCCAUAUUUUUAUGUCUUGUGCCGAAAAGACACUAUUCAGGAAGUCUCGACAUAUUUAUUCAAAAAAUACUCUGGAUUCAUUUUGAAAAUUGAAUUAGUUACUAAAGAAGAUCUCGAUUUGCCGAAUCAUUUGAUCGGAUUGAAACAAAGGUAUUUGAAAUUAAAAUUCUCAAAUUUGGUAAAUUUAAUGAAAGUGAAAAGAGAAAUAAUGAGUGCAGUGAGACUUAAUAAAGAGCGCGAGAAGAAUAACACAUAUUAUGAUCAGUUGAUGACGAAAACAUUAAAUCCCAACAAUGUUCAUGAGACAAAAAAAAUGGUCGAUCACAUGGAUAAUAUUCUUGACAUUAGAGAACACGAUGUACCUCAUCACGUUCGGGUAUCAAUUGAUUUAAAAAUUUUCGUUGGCGCCUGGUACUCGAUAAAAACUUGUGGCACACAAAAUCCUCCGAUAAUUACAAGGAGAGACGACAUUGUCGAAAGACCCGAGCCAAUUGUCCUUGCCUACGAUAUUGAGACAACAAAAUUACCAUUAAAAUUUCCAGACGCGAACAGCGAUCAAAUUAUGAUGAUUUCUUACAUGAUUGACGGACAGGGUUACUUGAUAACAAACAGGGAAAUAAUUUCUUCUGAUAUUGAAGAUUUUGAAUACACACCAAAACCAGAAUUCGAAGGCGUUUUCACGGUCUUCAAUGAACCAAAUGAAAAAGCUUUAAUUAAAAAGUUCUUCGAUCAUAUUAAUGAUGUAAAACCACACAUAUUUGUAUCGUAUAAUGGUGACUUUUUCGAUUGGCCAUUCGUUGAAACAAGAGCUGCAAUUCACGGGAUGGACAUGAAAGAGAGAAUCGGAUUCUCAAAAAACAAAGAAGGUGUUUAUGUCAGUAGACCUGCAAUGCACAUGGAUUGUUUAUGUUGGGUAAAGCGUGACUCGUAUUUACCAGUGGGCUCGCAGAAUUUAAAGGCCGUUGCAAAGGCAAAGCUACGUUAUGAUCCAGUUGAAUUGGAUCCCGAAGAAAUGUGUCGACUCGCCUCCGAGGAGCCAACAGUGUUGGCAAGUUAUUCAGUGUCUGAUGCAGUCGCCACAUUCUAUCUCUAUCAAAAAUAUGUGCAUCCGUUUAUUUUCGCUCUGUCUACAAUUAUUCCCAUGGAGCCUGACGAAGUUUUACGUAAAGGUUCUGGAACAUUGUGCGAAACACUUUUAAUGGUUGAGGCAUAUCACGCAAAUAUUGUCUAUCCAAAUAAACAGGAAGCAGAGUUCAAUAAAUUAACUGCCGAUGGUCACGUAUUGGAUCAAGAGACGUACGUUGGCGGUCAUGUGGAGGCUUUGGAAUCGGGCGUUUUUCGAGCCGACAUUCCAUACAAAUUUAAAAUUGUACCGAGUGCCGUCGAAAAAUUGAUAAGCGGCGUUGAGGGUGCAAUGAAACAUGCAAUUGAAGAGGAGGAAAAAAUACCACUCGACAUGGUUACGAAUUUUGAGCAAGUUUUAGAUGAGAUAAAGACAAAACUUAAAGCACUGAAAGAUCAACCGUUUAGAAUGGAAAAACCUGUGAUUUAUCAUUUGGACGUUGGCGCAAUGUAUCCGAAUAUUAUUCUCACGAAUCGUUUGCAACCUUCGGCAAUGGUGAACGAAACUGUUUGCGCUGCUUGCGAUUACAAUAAACCGGGCGCUCUUUGUCAACGAGACAUGAAGUGGAUGUGGAGAGGCGAAACCAUGCCAGCAAGUUUGGGCGAAUAUCAACGAAUACAACAACAAUUGGAAAUAGAGAAAUUUCCAUCGCUGUAUCCCGGUGGACCAAAGAGAGCAUUUCAUCAGCUCUCGAAACAAGAUCAGGCGCAAUAUGAGAAAAAAAGAUUGACGGAAUUUUGUCGCAAAGCUUAUAGAAAAGUGAAAAUAACGCGAACUGAGGAGAGAACUCAAACAAUUUGUCAGAGGGAGAAUUCAUUUUACGUCGAUACUGUUCGUGCUUUUAGGGACAGACGAUACGAAUAUAAAGGCAUGACAAAAGUGGCGAAACAGCAGGUUUCCGCUGCCAUUGCAAGUGGUGACGCUGCUGAAAUUAAAUUGGCGAAAGGAAGAGAAGUCCUCUACGAUUCCCUUCAGCUCGCUCACAAAUGUAUUCUGAACUCUUUCUAUGGAUACGUCAUGCGACGCGGAUCGCGAUGGUUCAGCAUGGAAAUGGGAGGCAUUGUUUGUUACACGGGAGCGCAUAUUAUUAUGAAAGCUCGUGAAAUUGUCGAACAAGUUGGCCGACCACUUGAACUUGACACCGAUGGAAUUUGGUGCAUUUUACCAGCCUCAUUUCCCGACAAUGUUGUCAUACAGACGACACAUCCGAAAAAAUCAAAAAUUACCAUUUCUUAUCCGAAUGCUGUGCUUAAUUUCAUGGUUAAAGACGAAUUCACGAACAAUGUGUAUCAUGAUCUUGUUGAUAAGCAGAAUUUAACGUAUAACGUUCGUAAUGAGAAUUCAAUAUUUUUUGAAGUUGAUGGACCGUAUUUGGCAAUGGUAUUGCCUGCUUCGAAGGAAGAGGGAAAGAAAUUGAAGAAAAGAUAUGCCGUUUUUAAUUUUGAUGGUUCACUUGCCGAAUUAAAGGGUUUCGAGAUUAAACGACGUGGUGAACUUCAGCUUAUUAAAAUUUUUCAGUCAUCCGUUUUUGAAUCGUUUUUAAAAGGCGAAACGCUUGAACAGUGCUACGCUUCAGUUGCAAAAGUUGCGGAUUAUUGGCUCGAUAUACUCUUCAGCAAAGGAGCAAAUCUUCCGGAUUCGGAAUUGUUUGAAUUGAUUUCCGAAAAUAAGUCAAUGUCGAGAACACUUGAGGAUUAUGGAAAUCAAAAAUCAACGUCGAUUUCCACUGCCAAGCGACUCGCGGAAUUUUUAGGAGAUCAAAUGGUAAAAGAUGCGGGAUUAGCAUGUAAAUAUAUAAUUUCAAGAAAGCCUGAAGGAUCUCCAGUCACUGAAAGAGCUAUACCUUUAGCUAUUUUCCAAUCAGAGCCAAGCGUUACUAGACAUUAUCUCAGAAAAUGGCUGAAAGAUCCAAGUAUUCAAGAGCCAAAUAUUCGGGAAAUUUUGGAUUGGGGUUACUAUAUUGAGAGACUUGGAAGUGCUAUUCAAAAAAUCAUCACCAUCCCCGCAGCGAUGCAAGGGCUUUCGAAUCCAGUGCCAAGAGUCAAGCAUCCCGAUUGGUUACAUAAAAAAGUUUCAGAGAAAAAUAAAGCAAAAUCCCAAAUGAAAAUAAACGAAAUUUUCAAAGUUGUCCCCAAAGAAGUUGAAAAUCUUGAUUCAACAAUGGAAGCAGAUAGUGAAAUUGACAUUGAAGACAUUGGGACGAGACAAUCAUCCAUUUUUAAAGUUCCGGUAACAUCCGCCGUUUCGAAGCGUAAACGGGCAGUAUCAUCAUCAGAGGAUGAAAAUGAAACAAUGACAAAAUCAUGGCAACAAGUUUUAGGCAAUCCACCUUCAAUGGGAACAACAAGAAAAGAGCUCAUCGCUUGGAUUGAAUUUCAUAAGCGAAAAUGGGUCUAUCAAUUGAAACAAAAAGGCCGCGAACCCGGCGCAAAGAGAACAAAGAAACAAGUAGACAAUAAUUUUGAUCAUGUGAAUCGCUCAGUUUUAAGAAAUCCAACCAGUAGCACUUUAGGUGGAUUUUUACGUCGAGCACAACAAAAAUUACUCAUUACACCCUGGCAAAUAAUACAGAUAAUUGAGACAAAUGAGCCAGGCUUAUUUCGUCUCUGGGCACUCGUCGAUCAAGAAUUACAUCAAUUACGUCUCAUCGUACCAAGGAUUUUCUACAUGAACAGUCGCAACCCUCGGCCCGAUCCAACUGAACAGCAAAAUUGGCGAAAGUGCACAAAAAUCUUACCACGAGGUCGCACCGUCUACAAUCUCUUCAAGUACAGUGUCCCUGAAUCGAAAUUUCGUGACCAUAAGGAGGGAUUACUGAAAGAGUUGAUGACACCAGACGUCGAGGGAAUUUACGAAUCACAAAUGACACUCGAAUUCAGAGCAAUUCUGCAACUGGGUUGUGUUUGCACUGUUGAUCGGCAAAUGAGUGCAACGAUUGCCGACGGUUCCGAUACUUUCGAACUCGAACAACUAACCUUCAAGAGUGUUGGUUACCAACCGUAUUUGGAACAAACAGGAGCCUUGAAAUACAUUUUCCUCUACCAUCACUGGUCAUCGAAUCAUCAGCGAGCAAUUUGGGGAUUAUUUCUAACUCCCAGUAAACGUUGUCACAUAUUCGUUCUAAAUUCGGCCAAAACUAGUCAGAUGCCAAACAUGGGCUCGUUAUACACCGCUGAGAGGAAUCUCGCUAAUGAAAAACAAUUGGAGGAAAAUUUUAAAAAUACACCGGAAAAUUUACAUUUCGAAGUGAAAGUCGAAACGGACGCAGUGAAAAUUUACAAAGCCAUACAAACAGCUUUGAAAAAUUAUAAAAAUGAAAUGAAGGGAGCAACAAUUUUGGUUCUACAGACGGCAAUGGAAGUUUCGCAUCUAUCAAAUCAAAUGCCGAUGAUAAAUGAAUUUCCAUUCAUUAAGACUCAUAUUGCGGAUGUUGAAAACUUGUACAGUACUUUAGAGUGGCAGAAAGUUGGUGCUAAGGCGAUGAUACGACAUUAUUUGGAAUGUGAAAAAACUUUGCAUUUAAUGUUAGAACAGUGUAGAUACUUCCACGCACCAGUUGGAAAUAUUCCAAUGGAUGCGACACUAUUUGGUGCCGAUUUAUUUUAUGCGCGACACUUGCAGAAGAAUAAUUUUGUUCUUUGGUGUUCGCCAACUGAAAAACCGGAUUUUGGGGGCAGUGAAAAUGACGAUAAUCGAUUGCUUACGGAUUUUGAAGACAGUUCGAGUUGCGAAAUCAACAAAACUGGCACUUACUCGAGCAUUUGCGUUGAACUGGAAAUUGACAGUUUAGCGGUGAAUACAUUACUUCAGGCUCAUCACGUAAACGAUGUUGAUGGAACCAGUUCAUUUGUUGCAUUUCAUAGUGCACCACAAGCAACACUGCAGGAAAUGAUUGCCGGUGAAUCGUCAACAUUAGGAAUUCCAAGUUACGAUGAGACAGCAUUGUGCAGUGCGGCUUUUAAAGUGUUGCGAAAUAUGGUGAACGCCUGGCUGAGAGAUGUGACUAUUUACAAGAAUAUGUUCGCUGAUUAUCAGAUAAUUCAUUUUUAUCGCUGGCUUCGUUCACCACAGUCUUUACUUUACGAUCCUGCACUACGUCGAACACUUCAUAGUUACAUGAAAAAGUUAUUCCUUCAAUUAAUCGCCGAAUUUCAGAGACUCGGCUCUGUUAUUGUUUUUGCUAAUUUUAAUAAAAUUAUUCUUUGCACGAAGAAAAGGAGCGUUCUCGAUGCAUUAGGAUAUGUCGAAUAUAUUGAUCAAUCCAUUCGACGAAAGGAAUUGUUUCACAGUAUUGAUAUUCGUUUUGAAAAAUGUUGGGAAUAUUUGAUAUGGCUGGAUUUGACGAAUCAUGGUGGUGUUCGAGGCAAAGUACCAAAGUCAGUUAUGGAAGAAAGUCAAGCCGAACAAAACGUGGAUGAUGAAGAGGAAGAAAGUGAAGAAGGGCCGGAAAUAAUAAUGAAUUGGAACUUAAUGGAAUAUUUACCAAAAGAAGCGGCUUGUCAAACAGUUUUCAGCAAUAUUAUUGCGGGUUAUAUAAAUGCAAUUUAUCAGCACAUGAAUGACAACGAACCAGGAAACUCGACUCCACGUCCAAGACAAAGAAGCCAAAGUGUUUCCAGUCAAAGUUUCACGCAACGUCUUGGUUUGGCGAAUUUAGAAAACACUGCACAAUUUGCUAAAACUUUAAUCACUGGCGAAAUGUCGCAGAAACUCUUUCAACUCAUUCAGAAAAUACACAAAAAAUUGCCCGAGAAAGUAUUAAAAUCGGAGGAAAGUCCUCAUUUAGGUACAAUAGUUUCUGGAAAACGAAUAGUCAAACCCGCAGUUGAAGUAACAAAAGCAGUUUGUCAAGUUUUAUCACUGGACAAAGAAGUCACGGAAGAAAUUAACAAUCUGAAAGAAAAUUUAUUGAGAUUAGUUAAUGUUAGUGUAUAUAGUGAUGAGGCUGAAUGGAGAGAUCCUUCCGUUUCCUUCACAUUGCCGGAAGUAAUUUGUCAGGGUUGUAACCAUACCAGAGACAUUGAUCUUUCACGAGACAACUAUCGUGCCUUCGAAAAUAACAGACAGGUGUGGAAAUGUCCAGUUUGUGAGAUGAGUUAUGAAAAUGAUGAAAUUGAAAUGGCACUAUUGGAUCUUUUAAAUCGAAAAACAAUGGCUUAUAUUCUUCAAGAUUUACAAUGUCGUCGCUGUCUCGAAGUGAAAAAGGACAAUAUUAAAGAAUUAUGCCAAUGCGGUGGUAAUUUUAAGACAUUAAUUACCAAAAAAGAAAUGAAAGUUUUUGCAAUGAUUCAUAAAACAGUUGCUGUUAAAUGUCAAAUGGAAAUUUUACUAGAAGCUUUGGAAAAUACAAACCUCAUCGAAAUCAUUGAACCAAUGGACUAAAAAAUAGAUAAAAAAAUUUUUUAAGAAAAAUUAAAAAAUAAUGAUGUCAGUUCUGUGAACUGUAAAUAUUUUUCUACGUGUAAGUUAAAAUAAUAAAUUUCAACAUUUUCUUAAA